CUCCAUCAAUAAUUCGAGAAACAGAUAUAUCUAAGUCUGUGAAUACUGCUCAUCCAAGGUUCACUAUUCCAGACUUCCCUAAUAGAGUCUCAAGACCCAAUACAAGUUGGAGCCCAACACAGCAUAGUAUAACCACAGAAAAAGAAACCUAUAAGCAAUUUUCCACACCAGUUAAUCAUUCCUCAAGUGCAGGUUGUGACAUACAGCAUUCACAUUCAGUUGGUAAGAUGUCAUAUUCCUCAUUAUCCUGUAGCACAAAUAUAAGUGCCUCAAAUCAAGUUUCAGCAUCAGACAGUGCAAGAUCUCCCACUACUGGUGUUCCUUUAACUUUUCAGUCCAAAAAUACUUGUCCCAACAACACCAAUAUCACCUCAAUAAAUGCUAGUGCUGCAUCAGCAGUAGUUCCAUCCACACUAAGUAAUUCAAAGAGUAAAGAGGAGGGAAUCUCACCCCUUAAGGAAAAGUCAAAAGCAAAUACAAUGUGCAAUGCUGCAGCAAAGGCAGUGGAUGAUGCAGGCAGGACUGGGUUGCAGCGACCUGGUACAAGACACCUUCUUUGUCAAACCUUACCUUCGUUAACCAAAACGGCCACUGCCAGUGUAGCCAAAGCAAAGUCUUCAUCUAGUACUAACACACAUAGAAUGUUGGUUAAAUCAGAAGACAAAACUAAAGACACAAAACCAAACAUUCCAGAAAGUGUUCCUAGCAGUCAAAGCAAUCCAAGUCCCAAUAAUUCUUCUUCAAGUACAAUAACCAUAAAUCCAGCAAAAAAGGAAGAAUGUGGAAAUGUAGUUGAUGUCAAAGCUGACAUUGUAAGAGCAGAACCCAUUGUCAGAAAAAGAGGCAGGCCUCCCAAGAUCAGGGACUCCAGCAGUGACAGCUCAAGCAAUGCCCCUUCUGAAACUUCAAGUCCCAGUCAUCACUCAGGGUAUAGAUCUCCCAAGAUGAAACCAGAUGUAAAUAUUACACCAGAAAAAAAAAAUUCUGGCUUGCAUGAUCCUGAUAUGAAGAAAAGUCGAAACUCAUUGCUUCCCUUUCCAGGAACAAAAACUUUGAGGUCGCACUCAGAGGAAAGAAAAAAGUCGCUUUUGCAGACUUCCACAGUACCUACCUCACCUUCAAAACAGGUGGACUGCAAGCAAGAUAUAAAAUCAGGGGGCUCUAUGAAGAUGAUAAACAUCAAAACAGAAGUAUUUCCAAAAAUAAAGACAGAAAAGGUAUCUCCUAAGGGUAUCAAUAAAAAUUUAUCUCCAUUAAAAGUUUCUCCAAAAGAAAUUUCUCUCUUCAAAAACAAAAUAGAAAAUGGACAGGAUGAAACUUCAUUGAAAAGUACAGAUCUAUCAAGGAAAUGUGAACUUUCUUCACCCACAAAGAUUGAUGAAUUUACAGACUCCAAGAAAUACAUAAAAGGAGCAAAAGAAAUCAAGAAAUCACCAUCAGGUUUGUUGAGUGACCAAAGAGUGCCCAAAAAUAAUGUAGUAAUAUCAAAAUCAAAACUAAAAGAUGAUGAUAAGAAAGUAAUCUCAUCAAAUUCUAGCUUAAAACGGAAAAGUAGUGAAAGCAUAGGUAGUAGUAGUAAAGUAAUAACUAAAUCCAGGGAAAGUGAAACGUCCUCAAAAUCUGCUGGGGGUGCUAAGCAUCAAGCACAGAAGUUUCAGAAAAUCAGCAAGAGCACAAAGGGAUCUACUCGGCGAUCUUGCCCAAAUGGAAAGGUGAAUAGAAAGAAAAGCCUUUUAGCUUAUUUAAAGGAACGAAACAACGAGAGUGAUACCUCAAGUGUUGAUUCUGAGGCUGCUGGUGGUGGGAGGAGAAGAUCCAAAAGCAAGGAGGAAUCACCUAAAUCCAAUAGUGCCUCUCCCUUUCCUUCGGCCUUCCCUCCACAGCCAGUUAAUUCUGGCUCCCGCCGCAGGAGUGCCACUGGACAUGGAAAAUCCAAAUCCACAAAGAAGCCAAGAUGGGUGCACAACUGGUCUUGGGAAGGAGAACCCUUUGAAGGGAAAAUCUGGUUAAGAAAUGAUGAACUUCCCCUUGUUAGAACUUGUUACUCUGCCAUGCGUCACAAAGAGGGCGACAUUGUGCGUGUCCGAGACUGUGUGCUGCUGCGUUCUGGCCCCAAAAAGACAGACCUUCCUUUUGUUGCCAAGAUUGCUGCUUUAUGGGAAGAUCCUGAGACAUCCGACAUGAUGAUGUCAAUCCUGUGGUACUACCGGCCAGAGCAUACUGAAUCAGGAAGACGAGAAGAAGACCUUCCUGAUGAGAUUUUUGCUUCCAAGCAUCGAGAUCACCUCAGUGUGGCUUGCAUUGAGGACAGGUGCUAUGUCCUCACUUUUAAUGAAUACUGCAGAUAUCGACGAUUUCUUCGACUCUUCCAAGAAGGAGUUUACCCCAUCACAACCCCUGUUCCAGAUCCAGAAGAAGGUUAUUCUCGCAAGGAUCGACAACCCCAGGUUGUGGUGGAACUGCUUUUUUCCGCAGGUUAUGUUACCGUCAGAAGCCAGUUAAUUCUGGCUCCCGCCGCAGGAGUGCCACGGGACAUGGAAAAUCCAAACCCACAAAGAAGCCAAGAUGGGUGCAAAACUGGUCUUGGGAAGGAGAACCCUUUGAAGGGAAAAUCGGUUAAAGACUCGAGACACCUCAUUUGGGGUUUUGCAUUGAGGGACGGUGCUAUGUCCUCACUUUUAAAUGAAAACGCGGAUCCAGAAGAAGGUUAUUCUCGCAAGGAUCGACAACCCCCAGGGUGUGUGGUUGGGGAACUGCUUUUUUUCUGUCGCAGAGUUUAUGAUUACCGUCAGAAAAGGUUAUUGAAAAAUCCUUACUGA